AUGGAAAAAAAUGACAUGCUUAUUAAUGAAUUCAAAUUGGAAAAGAGGGAGACACAAAACACUGACCAAGAGACCCAACAUUCCGAGCAAGAAACUAUCACAUCCUCGGGAUACAUUAGUAGGUCAGAUUUCAUUACGUGGACUCUUAUUGCUUUUAUUGGAAUUAUAUUUUGUUUUCUGCACGCCUAUCAAGAGUACCUAUACAAGUGGACUGCAUCUACAACUGAGGGCGCUCAAUCAAACCGAGCAAAAGUUGUUGUUUCAGUUAUGUCAACUAUUAUCGGCGGUUGUGGAGCUGCAGUGAUGAUGAAGGCUCUUGUCGGUAUCACAUACACGGUGAUGAAAUACCGAGGUGUGGGGUUUUGCCAGCUUGUUACCGUAAUAGGCGGUCACUUGCCUUCUCAUAUUCCUUUACUUACGGCCGGAGAUGGCUGGGCUACUAUUGUUUUAAUUUUAGCAGUAGUGUGCAUUAGUGUAGCGUCAAAACAGCUAGCUGUGGUUUCUAUGAGCGUCUGCUACAUAUCCUCCAGAUCGACUUUCCAAUCUUUCACGCCUAAUUUCACAACGUGUCAUGGUGUUACAUCGAGCAAAACAAUGGAAGGCGUUCGUAUUGGUAUGUCACUCAAUAUCUAUAAUAGUCUAAUUAAUCGGAACACAUCACAUACCAAUGAAUUUUACGACAGAGGGAUACCUGCAACGCUUCGGGGUACCUCAAGAUUCGAUCGCAUACUGCCUUUUACAGACGUAUCAUGCGGUAAUCCCUUUAAUUCGUCCGACCUUGCUUAUAGUAAUGUUGUGCCGUUUAUCACAAACAAUAACUCAACUUGGGAGACUAUAGUAACGAUAUCCCUAAAUGAUGAAAUUUCAACGAGCAAGCUUGUUAACAAUGCAAACAUACCGGUACAUAGCUGGAUGAAUUGUUCUAUAAUAUCUGGUUAUGCUUCUGCGCUAUCACUGUGUAAUAAUACGUACUGCUACACCGAGAGAACUUCGGAUAUUACGCCUUACACGUCAUCUGGCUAUGGUCUUCCUGCAGUGCUAGUAUCAACUUUCGGUCUAUUGGCCUCUACAUCUGAAGAUUAUAGAAACCCUGUUAUGACCUGGUUAAUGGGUGGAGAGCUGACGGAUACUUAUUUUCAAAACGCCUUAAUUCCCGCAAAAAGUAUAGAUCUUAUAAAAGAUAGAAUUCAAACUUUAACAACAGUGGCAACACGUGUUUUGUGUGAUUAUAACAAUGAUGAAGCGCCUCAAAAUACAACACCAAUUACAUCUCAUUACAAAAAUGCCGGUUAUUUCCAAUAUCGGGUGAUGUGGAAAUGGCCAUUCUAUUUUUAUGCGGGGUUUAUUUUUGUAUCAUGGACGAUAAGCAUGUGGACGCUAUGGGUGACUCCAGAAAGUCGAAUUAUGUCAGUAGAAUGGUUACUGAGUCAAUAUCUUUCAAGGGAUUAUCUCAGCUACAUGUCGGGUAGAGAGCUUGCACGCGCACAUGUGGGAUCUGUUUUUCAAGUGCUAGAUACUUCUCCAGAUUCAUGUGUUGGAAGUAUCGUUAUUUCAAAAACCUUACGUUACAAUAAAAUAAAAGAAGAAAAGGUUGUCCAAAAAAGACAAUACCAAUAG